CAUCAGACGCAAUUCCGACACGGCGGCAGUCGUACGUUCCGCGAUCACACGCACACACCGCGACAUUUUUACCUUUUACACACUGAACACACCACCUUAAUCAACCACCACCAUCACUACCUACUCCACCACCUCAGUCACUUCACGUUCCAAAAUCAUAACAGACACACCACACACAUCGUUCAAAGUCCCUUUUUGUUGUUUUUUUUACGUUUUUUUUAUCAUUUUCGCGUAUUUUACACCGAUUAAUACAAAAAAUAAUUUAAACAUCGAUCGAUUGUAAAACUGAAACUUAAUUUUUAUUUUUGCCGUCGCGUGUGUGUACACCCACCCCACAAAGAAUAUAAUUUAACACAAAUCGGAAUACUGUUAAAACGACUGUGCACGGUCGACCGUCUCCACCAACCCUGCAGUAGUGACUUGCCGUCAUAACUGAGUCAACCAACGGCCGUCGUCUUCUUCACCAUCGUCUGGAACAAAAAACACGAUACUACCGAUCAGUCGCUUCAGGAAACCGUGCCGGUCCACGGUAGUGACCACAUGUUGGCGCUGGUAGUGGUCGUCACGCAGCAUUACACCCACCCGGUUGAAUCGUGGAGGCCGUCGCCGUUGGAGGGUUGAAGAGGGCCCGAGGUGGUGCGUACAACGGACCGGAGGCCGCCGCCGCCACCCUCAAGAAGCUCAGACUGGACGCCGCCACAGCCGCCGCAGCCGCAGCCGCAGCCGCAGCAAUGAACAUGUCGCCAACAGGUCACACGCCACCACUGCAAGUCCAACAACAGCAGGGACCAGGCAGUGUAUCGGUUGAUGGCCAGCAGUCUGUCGUUACUGGCAUGUGCAACAGCAUCGAUUCCGUCGGGCCCGGCGAGGAAGAGGUGAGAACGUUAUUUGUCAGUGGUCUACCAAUGGAUGCCAAGCCACGUGAACUGUAUUUGCUGUUUCGAGCAUAUGAGGGUUACGAAGGAUCUCUGUUAAAAGUUACAAGCAAAAAUGGCAAAACAGCUUCGCCAGUGGGUUUUGUUACGUUCCAGACACGCGCUGGCGCCGAGGCCGCCAAACAAGACCUUCAGCAGGGCGUCCGGUUCGAUCCCGACAUGCCGCAAACCAUACGGCUAGAAUUCGCUAAAAGUAACACGAAGGUUAGCAAGCCAAAACAGCCCGCCAACGCAAACGUCACGCCCAACACGCACCAAGGCCUGAUGCACCCGCUCACUGGACAUCUAGGYGCCCCGUUCUUCACCGGUGCUCCGGCAGAGUUAUGGCAUCAUCCGUUGGCGUACGCUGAUAUGCCGACUGCAGCCACGGCCACGGCUCUACAACACGCAGCUCUUGUCCAUCCGGGACUACAUCCACAUCCUCAACAGCCGACGUUGACGCUGGGCCCACACGGCCUUCCGUUCCUGCCCUCCCCCGCACUGCCCUCRCCGCCCAACCAGCAGCAGCCCCAGCCACCCUGUUCCACGCUGUUCGUCGCCAACCUUGGGCAGUUCGUGUCCGACCACGAGCUUAAAGACAUUUUCGCCAGGGAGUAUGCUGGCCAAAAGAAAUUGGACAACGUCAAUUUCACGUAUACUCACAUGCAGUUGAACAACACCUGACAACUACAAGAUAGACUAUCAGUACCUGCCCAAGUCUAGAUAACGCGCGACACGACAAAAACAACCUACCAAAUCCCUAUAACGGAAAAAAUUAAUUUAAGUAAAUUUAAAUUUAAAAAAAAUACUAUUGAAUAAUUAUUACUAGCUUAAAGCUUCUUAAGCUGUUGUACAAAGCAGUAACAAUUUCCUUGUUCGCCUGUAGUGUUUAAAAACAUAUUCAUCAUAUUUAUAUUAUAUAAUAUUAUAUAGUGUACCUAAUUCCUAACUUUUUUCCCUAAGCUUUUAAACUAAUACCUAAAUAAUCGUCCUAUGCUUGUUUAGUGGGUAGUAUAAGAUCUUAAGACUCAUCAAAUCUGUGAUUGUUUCUCAUGUAUUUUUUUUUUUUUAUCCUAAAAAAUUGUCUAUUCUCGUAUAGGCGUGGUUCAGAUGUUAGCAAUAAUAAUUACUAAUAACAAA